GCCAGAGUCGCCAAAGUGUGCGGGGCGCCAGCGAGGAUUCAACGCAGUCGGUCGAAAUCUAGCGCGGGUGCCGUUGUCCCUUCGUGCCGGCGCCUCCGUCGUCGAUCCUCUCGAUUGGAGAUCUCGUAGGGCCGUGAAAAAAUAAAAGCGUCGGCUGCUGGCUGCAGCAGCGUCGGCGGUCUGCAGUCAGCUGUGCCAGUGCCAGUGCCACGGACACAGACACAGACAAGAGGUGAGGGAGGAAGGCGAGCCCCCCAAAGCCCCAGACCUGCAAAACAGUGGGCCAGGCACUUGACCUUCAAGGUUGCUUUGAGGUCAACAUUUGUGUAGUUGCGUCCACGACCGGCAGGACGUUUCCGGGUUUUCUCUUUAGGAGUUGCUGCACCAACCAACAAUAUGUCGAAAGAGAGAUCUCAGCGUCGGUUUUACCGCGCUGACAGUGUGUAUGACUUUGCAGCUGUGAUGGAUAAAGGUCAGGCUGCUAUGGAUGACAACCGAUGGACUUUUGAAGCAGCUUGGGAGGUUGCCAACAAAGUUGGUGGUAUUUAUACUGUCAUCCGAUCAAAGGCUUACGUAUCAACUGAAGAAAUGGGAGACCAAUAUUGUCUUCUGGGGCCUUACAAAGAGCAGUGUGCACGCACAGAGGUAGAAGAACAAGAGUUUCCUGCUGGUGGUCCAUUGCAGAUUGCGGUUAGCAGAAUGAGGGAUCAAGGAUACCAGCUUCAUACUGGAACAUGGCUUGUUGACGGAAACCCCCAGCUGAUCUUGUUUGACAUUGCAUCUGGUGCAUGGAAAUUGGAUGAAUUCAAGCAGGAACUGUGGGAGAAAACUGGAGUUGGCAUUCCUCACCUUGACAUCGAAACCAAUGAUGCUAUCAUUCUAGGAUAUAUGGUUGCUUCUUUCAUUGCUGAGUUCCGUAAAGCUGCUGAGGAAUGCAGUGGUCUUCAACCUCGUGUCGUUGCACACUUCCAUGAAUGGCAAGCUGGAGUGGGUCUUGUUGCUCUACGCACACGAAAAGUGGAUGUUGCAACUGUUUUUACCACCCAUGCUACUCUCCUGGGAAGAUAUCUGUGUGCCGGCAGUAUUGAUUUCUACAAUAAUUUAUCUACUUUUGAUGUGGAUGCCGAAGCUGGUAAAAGACAAAUUUAUCAUAGAUAUUGUCUGGAACGGUGUGCAACUCACCUGAGCCAUGUUUUCACCACUGUGUCUGAAAUUACUGGAUAUGAAUGUGAGCACUUACUGAAAAGGAAACCUGACUAUUUUACUCCUAAUGGACUGAAUGUAAAGAAAUUCUCUGCCCUUCAUGAAUUUCAAAAUCUUCAUGCCAUUUCCAAAGAUAAAAUUCAUGAGUUUGUUAGGGGACAUUUCUAUGGGCAUUAUGAUUUUAACCUGGACAAAACACUGUAUUUCUUUAUUGCUGGUCGAUAUGAGUUUGGUAACAAAGGAGCAGAUAUUUUCAUUGAAGCACUUGCCCGGUUGAAUCACUACCUAAAGGCAGCCAACUCUGAUACAACUGUUGUUGCAUUCCUUAUUUUCCCUGCCAAGACCAACAACUUCAAUGUUGAAAGUUUGCGUGGUCAUGCUGUGACUAAAAGUUUACGAGACACAAUUCAUGAUAUUCAGCAGAGCAUAGGAAAGAAGAUGUAUGAAGUUUGUCUAAGUGGAAGAAUGCCAGAUACAGAUGAACUUUUGGAUAAAGAAGACAAAGUUAAGCUUAAACGUUGUAUAUAUGGUCUGCAACGACAUGGUCUACCUCCUGUAACUACUCACAAUGUAGUUGAUGAUUGGAAUGAUCCUGUAUUGAAUUCAGUGCGACGCUGCAAUCUUUUUAAUACAGUUCAUGACCGUGUUAAGGUUAUUUUCCACCCUGAGUUUUUGUCAUCUACAAACCCCUUAUUUGGUUUGGAUUAUGAAGAGUUUGUCCGUGGUUGUCACUUGGGGGUCUUCCCCAGCUACUAUGAACCAUGGGGUUACACUCCUGCAGAAUGCACCGUCAUGGGUAUUCCCUCCAUCACCACCAAUUUGUCAGGUUUUGGGUGCUUUAUGCAAGAACACAUUGCAGACCCUCAGAGCUAUGGAAUUUAUAUUGUAGACAGACGUUACAUUGGCCUCGAACAAUCUGUGCAACAAUUGGCUCAAUUUAUGUUUGACUUCUCUCGUCUGAAUCGAAGACAGAGAAUUAUUCAAAGGAACCGUACUGAGCGUUUGAGUGAUUUGCUUGAUUGGCGGAAUUUGGGCAUUUACUACCGACAAUCUCGAAUCAGUGCCCUGUGCAAAGUGUAUCCAGAGCUGGCUGAUACCCUAGAUGUAAGUGGAAAUGUCAACAACUUCAACUUCCCUCGCCCUAUUUCAGAACCACCAUCUCCCUCUUCAUCACGGCCUACAACACCUAGAGGGUCCGUCCAUGGAAGUGAUGAUGAAGAAGAUGAGGUUGAUGAAGAAAAAGAGAUUGAAGAACUGGGUGGUCCUUCAAAAUCCUCAACUUAAACAUUGAGAACAGAGGUGUUUUAAAACACCUUGGUUUUUGAACAGUGGUUAUGCACAAGCAGACAAGCUUGCUGAAUUGAAAAAUGUAGCUUAAACCGAAGGGCAUGGAAGGAAGCUGUUUCCAUCACUCAUGAAGAAGCACAAACUUUUAAAAAUUUGUCAUUUAAAUGAAUUUUUGUUCCUGAAGAUUGUGUUAUGUAAGAUUCAAAAGGUAAUUAGAAUUAUAAGAACGCAAUUUGAGGCAGGUGGCGUACUUCAUCACUAGUAUGUAAGGUUUUAGAACUCCUUUGUAAACUGCAGAAAGGUUGAAGUAAUCUUAUUUUGUGGGCUAGGCGUAAAUAUUAAACUUUCAAGUAAUAUGGUGUGCUGCACCACCACCACCACCACCACUUGCCUGUAUUUGUUUGUGUUAUAGAGUGCCAAGUAUUUUUUUAUUGAUCAUUGAUCAGCCUCUGAAGGGCUUUCAUUAUUUUGAUAGUUUUAUUGAAAGUUUUACUGCCAUAGAUUAAAAUCAUUAGAUUCCUUUAAAACUUAUUUUUCUAUAUUUCUCUGUUUUGUUUGGUUGUGAAUUUGCUACUUUAUUUUUACUUGUUUCAUUGCAUUGCUAUCUUUACUAAAUAUUUUAUAGAUAGAUUGGAAUGAGUUUGAGUACAAGUAUUUUUACUAAUGAUGUCAAAGCAUUACUUGUCAAGUACUCAAACAUUAUCAAUUCGUUUUAUUGAGACAUAUUUACUGUGCCAUAUUUACAAUUGUUUUUAGGAAUGUUUGUUCUUGUUAAUUCUAUAAAACUGUUAUCCUUAUAAAAUUUUUAUGCCUGUUAAGGUUAUUGUAGUUUAUUAUACAAUUGUUCAUGAUUCUGAACUUGAUGGUUUCUGCAUGAAAAUUCAGACCUUUCUAUCCUCAAUAAUAAUCUCCCAGUGAUACAAACAUCUCAUUAUGCACUGUAACAGCUGCCUUGUAUGUAGUCAAUUCAGGUUAUUAACCUGAGAAGUGUGCCAAUAAAAUGUGCCAUACGUACCUUAA